AUGGAUUUGGGGGUUCCAUUUGCCUCUGUGUACGCGCGCAUCCUUCCAGGAACACAAGCAAAAAUUGAUGAACGCUCAAAGAAGCGUCGGGAGGAGCAGGAGCGCCGUGCCAGGCGAGGCGACACCGACCCUCGUUAUGAGUACAUCUUCCAGGUGCUGUCGGCGUGCACGGGCCUCGCCAAGCACCAGGUUAUGGAUCACGUCUUCGAAGAGAAUUUGCUUGAAGAAAUCAGCAAGUUCUUGAUGCCGGGUCAGUACAACAACAUGAUCUGGUUUUAUCAAGAGAGCGAAGAAACUCCGGACGUCAGCUUGGUUGAGGAAGAGGUCAAUGAAGACAAACCCCCGCCCUCGCCCCUGCUGCCUCAGCCGACGACUGAAGCCUCCCGUCGCAGCAGCACGGUGAGCGGACCGCCCGACCGCCAGGACUCGCGGAGGAACUCGACGGCCACGGACCAGACUGACGAAGGGGAGGCAGCCGAAUCGGAGCCGGCUCGUCACAUGCGGCUUUUCCUCGCCAAGCCGGGAACCACUCCGCUGACGGGCGUGUGCGUGUGUAUGGUGAGGACGAACCCACAGAGGUCGGUCACGGAGGAAAACGUACACAGGGAGGUGAACUUCCUGCUGAUCAAGACCAGCGACGACCCGGCCAUCCUGCUUCGCUCGGUACAGAAGCUCCUGAGUAAGAUCUUCGUGCCGGCGGUCAGGGUCAAUCCGUCUGACCUCGACACCUCGGCCAGCGGGGUCAGUGCCAGGGACCACCUCCUGGCUGGGCUUAGGUCAUUCGCUUCUUGUCUCCAUGUGUCGAAAUCCAUCAUGGCGGAGCGAGUGAUCUUGGCGCCACCUGAGGAGAGGUUUGACGAAGUGAGGACUCUCUCGGACGCCCAGAUGGUCCUCACUCAGCCAGACCAAGUGCAGGCCAUCGAGAGGACGGUGCUUAUGUGGCUCAAGCAGAUAGAAUCGGUCCUGAUCGAGAUGGAGCAGCUGCGGCAGGAGACAGACGACGCAGGCCCCCAGGACGAGCUGGAGUACUGGAAGCGAAGGAUGGCCAAGUUCAAGUACCUGUCGGAGGAAAUGGAAACGCCACAGGUACGAGGGUCCGUCCUAGUGCUUCAGCUCGCGAGAUCCAAGGUCCUCAAGGCCUGGAAAGAGACAGAUGCCAGAGUGACCCAAAAUUUAGCCGAAGCCAAAGACAACGUCAAGUUUGUCUAUGCUAUUGAGGAGUAUUGCCAUCCGCUGUAUCUUCAUGACCCGCCUGGCAUGACGCCUUACAUAAUGAUGCUCUUCAACACAGUCCGAAUGAUACACUCGAUCUCAAGGUACUACAACACGUCCGAGAAACUGUCAGCUCUUUUGAUUAAGAUCACGAACCAGAUGAUAAGGUCAUGUCAAGUCUACGUGUCAUGUCAAGGCCUCGAGACGAUUUGGUCCCAGCCGCGCAAGGACGUUCGGGAGAAGAUCCAACACUGUUUGAAACUUAGCGCCACUUAUAGGAAUGCUUAUCAGAAGACUAAGGAGAAACUGGAAUCCAUCCCGGGCGAGAAACCGUUCAGCUUCAGCGAGCAGUACGUCUUCGGCAAGUUUGAAGCCUUCUGUUGCCGCCUCACCAACAUCUUGGGCCUCUUCGACGACAUUGAUAAAUUCUCUGCAUUCUUCGAGGGACGAGCUGAGUCCUUGCUUCCCAUGGAGACCGGCCUUCGCGAUAUCUUGAAGUCGUGGCAGGAGAUGUGUACCGAGAUCUCGCGAAAACCGUACGACUACCUGGACUACCGAGACCAUCGCUUCGACAACGACCUGGAGGUUUUUGCGGCCAGCGUGAGGGAACUCCUUCGACGGAUACACACGAUGGUCGAGAAGGAACACGAGGAGAUAUGGGAGACGCCCAUGGCUAAUAAGAUGCUCGCUAGGUUUGAAAGAAUAGCAGAGGUGGUUCCUCACUUGGACGUGGAAGGAAAACUGAAACGAAUUCUGGCGCGCUUCCACCAAGAGCUCGAGAAAGUGACGCGAAUGUACAACAAACAGUGUGAAAAUCCCCCGCAGCUCAGAGGCCUCCCACCUGUAGCAGGAAAGAUCCAGUGGGCACGGAGUUUGUUCCUCCACCUCGAGGAGCCGAUGAUGUUCUUCAAAGACCACCCGGUGCUCCUGAAGCUCCCCGAAGGCAAAGAGGCCGUCAGGAAGUACAACCGCAUCGGCAAGACCCUCGUUCAGUACGAGCUCGCUUACUACGAUGCGUGGAGGAAGCAGAGUAUCAGCGACAUCCAAAAGUCCCUUCGAUGCACUCUCGUCGUCCAGCGUCCAGACACCGAGGAACUCUACGUCAACUGGGACCCGAGAAUCUCCACGCUGCUGCACGAGGCGACGAAGAUCCAACAGCUGGGAUUCGAGGUUCCUUACAUGACUCAGCUGCUCUUAAACAGGGCCCCUCUCCUCCUUAAGAAGCGAGAUAUGGUGAAGCACCUUCUGGACGAGCAUGAACGCGUGCUGUCGAAAGUGAACCCGACCGUGGCUCCUCUGCUGGUUCCUCACGUCACGAAGCUGAAAGAAGCACUCGAUCCCCUUCUCACAACGCUCACUUGGUCGUCUAUACAAGCUCAUAGUUUCUUCGAACAGGGAUUUGCGGCGAUACAAACCUUUCAGAUACUUAUUGACAGGGUCAAUGACAUCCUCCAACAUCGCAUGGAGGGUGUGCUGGCUGCCAUGACCGGGGUUCGUCUUUACAUCCUACCUGACACGAGUCCUUGGACCUUAGAUCUGUUCGUUCAUAAUACUUGGCUCACCUGUUGUCAAGCCGCCCAGGAUAUUUGGGUACGAGGGAAAGUAUCAUGGCGGUCACAUGAGUACGCAGCAGCUCUUGUUGCCUUUGGUUAUCAGAAGCGAAGGAAUGUGUUCGAAUUGAACAGCCGAAGCAGAGUGGUCGAAGAUGCUGUCCUGGAGUUGAUCGACCUCGUCCUGAUGGGGGUCGAGAGCGGGGCUGAAGGUCAACACACGUUCCUCACCAUUGAUGACCUUGAUGAUGCCGGUGACCUUGACGAUUCGCGAUCAGGUAGGCGCCUUAAGGAGAAGGUGGAAGCAGCUGCGAGGGACUUACGUAAGACUUACCACCGGCGCGUGCUGGACGUUCUGGUGAAGUCCGUCCGUGGUGCCCUGGACUCCAUACGAAAGCAUACGAGUGUGACAGCCAACCGCUCACAGGGCGAAAUGAGCAGCCGCGGACACGCCGCAAGUGAGCUGGAAAUCGGCCUGAACGUCCCUCUGGUGGAGCUAAGUGCGUCCCUGGUGUCCCCGGGUGUCCAGGUGUCCCCGAGCCUCGAGGAAGUGCAGGAAACCAUUAAUAAGGUGGCCAAAAUCAUCCUCUCGACGGCCAAAGGAGUCUCGCAGUGGGUCCGCUGUCGCAAGGAGGAUGCGGGGGAGCCACAGCGCGCCGAGCUGACUCCGUCCGCGCGCCGCCGAGCGUGGAGGAACCGCAGUGACGUCAUGGAGGUCCCCGCGAUGUCCAAGAACUACUACACGCACGUCCUCGAGAGUAAAGAUGUCUCGAAGGUCAUGAGUCACAUGGCCAACUCGUUCCAGGCGACGAGGAACGAGGUCCACCACACUUUCGCCGCUUGGGACCGAUAUCACCAUCUGUGGCGAACGGAAAAGGAGCAGGCCAUCCGGGACUUUACGAGCCACUCCCCCUCGCUGCAGGAUUACGAUAGGAAACUCACAAGCUUCGUCAACUUGGAUAAGCAGAUACGCCGGGAGCCUGCUCGGUAUCGGGUGGGGGCGCUGGCUAUUAGCACGGACAACCUCAAGAGCGCCCUCGUGAAGGAAACCUCCCUAUGGGUCGACAAGUACGGCGAGUCCCUGAAGACGACCUACAUGAAGGAGAUGGAGCGCCUCUUCGCCCAGCUGAACGAGCUCUCCAGACGUCUCGAACGCCCUCUCAAGGACCUCGAUGAUAUCAAGAGCGCCAUUGACAUCCUCAGGAAGACUCGUGACUUGGAGCUUGAUAUGGACGAUGCUAUUGAUCCGAUCGAGGAAUCUUUCGGCUUGCUAGUGAAGUACGAACUCGGACUGACCCAAGAAGAGGCCGAGAGAGUCGACAACUUACGCUUUACUUGGCAGAAGGUUCUCGCACAGGCAGUCGAAGUCCAGAAUCUUCUGUCACGCGUCCAGCCCUACUUCAGGAACGAACUGAUCCACAACGUUGCACAGUUCAAGAAAGAUUGCAACAAGUUCGUCCACGACUAUCGAGCUCAGGGCCCGAUGGUGCCUGGACUGGACCCGCGGGAUGCUUCCGACAGACUCAUUAUUGCUCAGAACCGCUUCGAUACCCUGUGGCGAAAGCACUCCAGCUAUUCCGUGGGCGAGGAGCUGUUCCGUCUUCCUCGUUCAGAGUUCCCCGAACUGGGGCAGAUCCGCAAGGAACUCAACCUCCUCCAGAAGCUCUAUAAACUUUAUAAUGACGUCAUCGAUCGCGUGAGCUCUUAUUAUGACAUCCCUUGGGGCGAAGUCAACAUCGAGGAUAUCAAUAAUGAACUAAUGGAGUUCCAAAACAGAUGCCGAAAACUCCCGAAGGGCCUGAAGGAAUGGCCGGCCUUCAACACCCUCAAGAAGACCAUCGACGACUUCAACGACAUGUGCCCUCUCCUCGAACUCAUGUCCAACAAAGCCAUGAAGCCGCGUCAUUGGCAGCGCAUCGCAGAAGUCAUCAGCAGGCCGCUGGAGGUGGACAGCGACAACUUCUGCCUCAGGAACAUCAUGGACACUCCCUUGCUGCAGUUCAAGGAGGAUAUCGAGGACAUUUGCAUAUCCGCCGUGAAAGAGAAGGACAUCGAAGCCAAGCUGAGAAUCGUGACCAACGAGUGGGCCGGACAUGACCUCACUUUUUCGACCUUCAAGAACCGAGGGGAGCUGUUGCUGCGCGGGGAUACCACGGCCGAGGUCAUCACGCAGCUGGAGGACUCGCUCAUGAUCCUUGGCUCUCUGCUCUCGAACAGGUACAACGCCCCAUUCCGAAAGCAGAUCCAGAAAUGGGUGAGCGACCUGUCCAACACCAACGAGAUUCUGGAGAGGUGGCUCUUCGUCCAGAAUCUGUGGGUGUAUCUCGAGGCCGUGUUUGUGGGUGGAGACAUCGCCAAACAACUGCCAAAGGAAGCCAAGAGAUUUUACGUAAUUGACAAGAACUGGCAAAAAAUUAUGGCAAGAGCGCAUGACAACCCGAACGUAGUGACGUGUUGCGUGGGAGAUGACAUGCUGAAGCAGCUGUUGCCAUAUCUGCAAGACCAGCUAGAGGUUUGCCAGAAGAGCCUCUCGGGAUAUUUAGAGAAAAAACGGCUGAUGUUCCCGCGCUUUUUCUUCGUCUCGGACCCCGCGCUGCUCGAGAUUCUUGGCCAAGCUUCGGACUCUCACACCAUCCAGGCGCAUCUUCUCUCCAUCUUCGACAACACCAAGACCGUCCGUUUCCAUGACCAGGAUUACGACCGAAUAGUUGCUAUUUCGUCGUCGGAGGGGGAGGUUGUGCAGCUCGAGAAGUCGAUCCGCGCCGAAGGAAGCGUGGAGCUGUGGCUGAUGAAACUGCUGCAGAUGUCCCAGCAGUCUGUCCACGGGAUCAUCAGGCAAGCCCAUCACGUGAUACAGGACCCGGAUCUAAACGUCCUACGCUUUCUGGAGCAAUUUCCAGCUCAGGUGGGAAUCCUGGGUCUGCAGAUGAUCUGGACACGUGACUCGGAAAUGGCCCUGACGCAAGCACGAGCCGAUCGCCGAGUCAUGCCGGAGAUGAACAACCGUUUCCUCGACCUGCUCAACCUGCUCAUCAACCAGACGACCCGCGACCUGGAACCUGUGCAGAGGACGAAGUACGAGACCCUCAUCACCAUCCACAUCCACCAGAGGGACAUCUUCGAUAGCAUGUGUCGAAACAACGUGCGUUCUGUGAUGGACUUCGAUUGGCUGCGUCAGAGUCGUGUGUAUUUCAGAGAGGAUGUCGAUAAAACGAACAUUGUCCUCACUGACGUUACCUUCCUUUAUCAAAACGAGUUCGUUGGUUGUACGGAGCGACUCGUUAUCACGCCGUUGACAGACAGGUGCUACAUUACGCUGGCCCAGGCGCUGAGCAUGAGCAUGGGCGCCUGUCCCACGGGGCCGGCAGGAACGGGCAAGACGGAGACGACCAAGGACAUGGGCAAGACUCUCGGCAAGUAUGUAGUCGUCUUCAACUGCUCGGAUCAGAUGGACUACCGUGGCCUUGGAAGAAUUUAUAAAGGCCUAGCACAGUCGGGGUCAUGGGGUUGCUUCGACGAGUUCAACCGCAUCGCCCUGCCCGUCCUGUCCGUGGCCGCCCAGCAGAUCGCCGUCGUCCACGCCUGCAAGAAGGAGCGUCGGAAAAACUUCACUUUCACUGAUGGUGACACUAUUAACAUGAACCCUGAAUUCGGCAUUUUCCUCACCAUGAACCUGGGCUAUCACGGCAGGCAAGAACUCCCGGAGAACCUAAAGAUCCAGUUCCGGAACGUGGCCAUGAUGGUGCCCGACCGACAGAUCAUCAUCCGGGUGAAGCUCGCGUCCUGUGGCUUCCUGGAGAACAUCACCCUUGCGAGGAAGUUCUUCACGCUAUACAAGCUGUGCGAGGAACAGCUGACGAAGCAGGUCCACUAUGACUUCGGCUUGAGGAACAUCCUGUCCGUCCUUCGUACUCUAGGAGCAGCCAAGCGAGCCAAUGCCAAGGACUCCGAAUCCACCAUCGUCAUGAGGGUUCUCAGAGACAUGAAUUUAUCGAAACUUGUUGACGAAGACGAGCCGCUGUUUAUGUCGCUCAUCGAUGACCUGUUCCCGAGCAUGACGCAGGAGAAAGGUUAUUACAACCAGCUCCAACCUACCAUCGCGGACCUCGUCUGUGAGCUCGGUUUGGUGAAUCACCCUCCGUGGCAGCUCAAGCUCAUUCAGCUCUACGAGACGCAGCGAGUCCGUCACGGCAUGAUGACGCUGGGUCCGAGCGGCGCCGGGAAGACCUCCUGCAUCCACGUCCUCAUGCGCGCCCUCACCAAGAUGGGCCAGCCGCACAGAGAGCUGCGGAUGAACCCAAAGGCGAUCACGUCGGCGCAGAUGUUCGGGCGACUGGACGUGGCGACUAACGACUGGACGGAUGGCAUCUUCUCGACUCUCUGGAGGAAGACCCUCAGGGCCAAGAAAGGAGAGCACAUCUGGCUGGUCCUCGAUGGCCCCGUCGACGCCAUAUGGAUCGAGAACCUGAAUUCCGUCCUGGAUGACAACAAGACCCUGACCCUGGCCAACGGAGACAGGAUCCCGAUGUCCCCGUGCUGCAAGGUCAUCUUCGAGCCGGCGAAUAUCGAUAACGCGUCCCCGUCGACGGUGUCCAGGAACGGCAUGGUCUACAUGAGUUCCUCCGGCUUGGACUGGGAGCCGCUUCUCCAGGCUUGGCUCCGGACGAGGCCUCAUCACGAGCAUUCAGUCAUCACAGACCUGUUCUCGAAUAACUUCCUCAAAAUAUUCACUUGGGCCAAACAGAAUCUCCAGCUGUGUCUGCCUGUUCUUCAAGUGAACGUUAUCUCGCAGGCCUUAAGUCUCUUGGAGGGCCAACUCCCCGACGUGGAUGACCUGCUGGACGACCCCAUCCUCCGCCGCCGCCGCAGCAGUCGCCGCCGCUCCUCCGCCUGGGUUAGAAACACAGGCAUGGAGACCCCAGAGGACACUUCCAAUAGCUUCUCUCCCGUAGAGACUCCUCGGUCGCCUUUCUUCGACGACGAACCCCAAUCGACGACGAGGGUGCUAGAGGGUCUUCUGCCCGACGAGGAACAGGCGCAGAGCCACCACCGUCGAGACCCUGAUUCCGAAGUCGAGGAAAUUCAGACUGAACAAGCGCCCAUUGAAGAGCACAUUCAACGGCUGUUUGUGUUCUCAAUCAUGUGGAGCAUUGGAGCAUUUAUGGAGUUGCCGGAUCGUGCAAAACUUGAGCAAUAUAUUCGCAAGGAGCAUCUGAGCCUGGACCUACCCGAAGGGAGAGGUCCUUCGGAUUCCAUAUUUAACUACAAAGUUGAUGAAAAUGGUUGGUGGCAGCACUGGGAAACUCGGGUCAGUGAGUACGUCUACCCCGACACUGGCACUCCCGAUUACACUUCGAUUCUCGUGCCUAAUGUCGACAACGUUAGGAUGGACUUCCUCAUACAUGUCGUGGCUCAGCAAGGAAAGGGCGUGUUAGUGAUCGGCGAGCCAGGGUCAGCCAAGACCGUCACCCUCAACGCCUUCAUGAAGAAAUACAACCCCGAGGACCACCUCUGCCGCAACUUCAACUUCUCCUCGGCCUCCACGCCUCUCUAUUUCCAGAGGACGAUCGAAAGCUACAUUGACAAGAGAAUGGGAAGCACCUACGGACCGCCAGCUGGCAAGAAAAUGACAGUAUUAAUUGACGAUCUGAACAUGCCUCAUAUCAACAGCUGGGGAGACCAGCCCACCAAUGAGAUCGUGCGCCAGACCAUGGAGAUGGGUGGGUUCUACAGCCUCGAGAAACCGGGGGAUUUUAUUCACAUUGUGGACUUGCAGUUUUUGGCAGCUAUGGGACACCCAGGCGGCGGCAGGAACGACAUCCCCCCUCGCUUGAAACGCCACUUCUGCAUCUUCAACUCCACCAUUCCGUCGGAGUCUUCCAUCGACAAGAUUUUCGGAGUAAUCGCCCGAGGACACUUCAGCGCCAAGAGGGGCUUCAACCAGGAGAUUCGAGACAUGUUGGAGAAGGUCAUACCGCUCACGAGGAAGCUGUGGGCGCAUACGAAGAGCAAGCUUCUCCCAACGCCAGCCAAGUUCCAUUACGUCUUCAACCUCCGUGAUUUGUCGCGCAUCUGGCAGGGGAUGAUCGGUGCCACGUCCAACGUAAUAUGCACGAGUGACACCUUAUUGGCUCUCUGGCGCCACGAGUGUUGCCGGGUGAUAGCAGAUCGCUUCACGACGCCUAAGGACGUGCGCUGGUUCGAGGACUCGAUGGUGGCGCUGGCGAAGCAGGAACUGGGGCCGAGCCUGACCAUGAAGAUUUCUCAGACGCAUUACUUCGUCGAUUUCCUGAGAGACGCCCCAGAACCCACGGGCGACGAAGGGGAAGACCUGGACAUGGAGAUGCCGAAGGUGUACGAGCCCAUCCCGUCCUUCACCGCCCUCGAGCAGCGCCUGCAGAUGUUCCUGUCGCAGUACAACGAGAUCAUUCGCGGCGCCGGCAUGGACCUCGUGUUCUUCAAGGACGCUAUGAUCCACCUGACGAAGAUCUCUCGCAUCAUCCGCAACCCCGGAGGCAACGCACUCCUCGUCGGCGUCGGAGGCUCGGGCAAGCAGUCGCUCACGAAAUUGGCUUCGUUUAUCGCCGGCUAUAAAACUUUCCAAAUUACUCUCACAAGGUCUUACAAUACAACGAAUCUCCUGGAAGACUUAAAAGUUUUGUUCAGGACGUGUGGCAUCCAAGGCAAAGGCACCACUUUCAUUUUCACUGAUCAGGAUGUGAAGGAAGAAGGCUUUCUGGAGUAUCUGAACAACGUCCUUUCGUCGGGCAUGGUGAGCAACCUGUUCAACCGCGACGAGCAGGACGAGAUCGUGAGCGAGCUGAUCCCCGUUAUGAAGAGGGAGCACCCACGCCGCCCUCCCACGCCCGAAAACGUCAUGGAUUUCUUCAUCACGCGAACGAGGCAGAACCUACACGUUGUCUUGUGCUUUUCUCCGGUCGGAGAGAAAUUCCGGACCCGCGCGCUCAAGUUCCCGGGCCUGAUCAGCGGCUGCACCAUCGACUGGUUCCAGCCGUGGCCGAAGGAGGCGCUGGUGGCGGUGGCGUCGCACUUCCUCGAGGACUACGACAUCAUCUGCUCGGACGACACGAAGAGCAGUCUGGUCAAGAGCAUGGGCUCCAUCCAUGACAACGUGGCGCAGCUGUGUUCGGAUUACUUUCUGAGAUACCGCCGCGCAGCUCACGUCACCCCGAAGUCCUUCCUUUCCUUCAUCAGCAUCUACAAGAAAAUCUACAACGAAAAGCGCGAGGACAUCGGGGACUCCGCGACAAGGAUGACCUCCGGCUUGGACAAACUGCAGGAGGCCUCCCAGGCGGUGCAGAGACUCAGGGAGGAGCUCUUCGUGAUGGAGGAGGAGCUAGCCGUGGCCUCGGAGAAGGCUGAGAAGAUCUUGGUCGAGGUGACGAGGCGCGCGCGGGAGGCCGAGACCAUCAAGACCGAGGUGGAGAAAGUGCGAGACAAGGCCCAGGCGCUCGUCGACGACAUCGCCAAGGACAAGUCGAUCGCCGAGGAGAAGCUGGAGGCUGCGAGGCCGGCGCUGGAGGAGGCCGAGGCGGCGCUUAACACCAUCAAGCCGGCGCAUAUCGCCACAAUCCGCAAACUAGGUCGACCUCCUCACCUUAUCAUGCGAAUUAUGGACUGCGUGUUGCUACUGUUCCAGCGCCGACUGCAGCCUGUCAAAGCCGACCCCGUGGCAGCCUGCCCCAAACCCUCAUGGCCUGACAGUCUCAAGAUGAUGGCCAGCACGACGUUCCUCCUGUCGCUGCAGAACUUCCCCAAGGACACCAUCAACGACGAGGUGGUGGAGCUGCUGGAGCCCUACUUCGACAUGGAGGACUACGACAUGGAGACGGCGAAGAGGGUGUGCGGCGACGUGGCGGGCCUCCUGUCGUGGACCCGCGCCAUGGCUGUCUUCUUCGGCGUCAAUAAGGAGGUCCUGCCGCUGAAGGCCAACCUCGCCCUACAAGAAGCCCGCCUGCGUGUGGCCAUGGCGGACCUGGAGCGAGCGCAGGCCGAACUGGACGAGAAGGAACGCGAACUCGACGUCGUGCGCGGUCAGUACCAAGUGGCUCUGGCUGAGAAACAGAAGCUGAUCGAUGCCGCUGACGUCUGCAGGAGGAAGAUGCAGGCAGCGGCCACCCUCAUCAACGGCCUGGCUGGGGAGAAAGUUCGCUGGACGGAACAGAGUAAAGCUUUUCGGGAGCAGCUGGGCCGCCUGGUGGGCGACGUGCUGGUGACCACGGCCUUCCUCUCGUACGCCGGGCCCUUCAACCAGGAGUACAGGACCAGGAUGACGUCCAGCUGGAGGGAGAUGCUCGACACGAGGAAGAUACCUUACACCGGCGCCCUGGAUAUUACUACGUGGCUUGUUGAUAAUGCAACUGUAUCUGAGUGGAAUCUGCAAGGCCUCCCUAACGAUGAACUGAGCAUCCAGAACGGCAUCAUAGUUAGCAAGGCUUCCUGCUACCCUCUGCUCAUAGAUCCUCAGGGACAGGGCAAAAUCUGGAUCAAAAAUCGGGAAUCUUCUAAUGAGUUGCAGAUUUCUUCGCUGAACCACAAGUACUUCCGCACGCACCUCGAGGACUCCUUGUCUCUCGGGCGGCCGCUGCUCAUCGAGGACGUCGCUGAGGAACUGGACCCUGUCUUGGACAACCUCCUCGAGAGAAACUUCAUCAAGUCGGGAUCGAUACUGAAGGUUCUCGUCGGCGACAAGGAGUGCGACGUGAUGCCCGGCUUCAUGCUCUACAUCACGACGAAGCUGCCCAACCCCGCCUACACCCCGGAGAUCUCGGCGAAGACAUCGAUCAUUGACUUUACGGUCACGGUGCACGGCUUGGAGGACCAGCUGUUGGGCCGAGUGAUUCGCACGGAGAAGAGCGACCUGGAGAGCGAGCGCGUGGCUUUGAUCGAGGAGGUGAUGGAGAACAAGAGGAGGAUGAAGGAGCUCGAGGAUAACCUUCUGUAUCGUCUUACUUCGGUCAAGGGAUCCUUGGUAGACGACGAAGACCUGAUCAUGGUGUUGCAAGACACGAAGUCAACCGCGCAGGACGUGAGCACCAAGUUGCAAAUUGCAUCGGAGACGGAGAGGAAGAUCAACGGCGCUCGGGAGGAGUAUCGCCCUGUGGCAACACGCGGCUCGAUCCUCUAUUUCCUCAUCACUGACAUGGCGGCGGUCAACUGCAUGUACCAGACCUCCCUCAGGCAGUUCCUGGUGCUCUUCGAUAUGUCCAUGACGAAAUCAGACCGCAGUAACACGUCCAAAGGGCGAAUCAACAACAUCAUCAAAUUCCUGACGUUGCAAGUGUGGCGGAAUGCCUGUCGGGGCUUCUACGAGAGGCAUAAGUUCCUUUUCACGCUCCUCCUGGCGAUGAAGAUUGAUCUGCAGUCGGGUCACAUCGGGCAUCAUGAGUUUAUGAAGUUUAUUAAGGGCGGAGCUUCCCUGGACCUGAAGGCGGUGCAGCCCAAGCCCUUCCGCUGGAUCCUCGACAUCACGUGGCUCAACCUGGUCGAACUCAGCAAGCUCCCUCAGUUCGUCAACAUCCUCAGCCAGAUAACGGAGAGCGAGCGAGACUGGAAGCAGUGGUUCGAGAAGGAAAAACCCGAGGAGGAGGAGCUGCCUUGUGGGUACUCGCGGUCCCUGGACAUGUUUCGACAGCUGCUUAUGCUUCGCUCCUGGUGUCCGGAUCGCACGCUGUCUCAGGCCCGCAGAUACAUCCGCAGUUCUCUCGGGGAACAGUUCGCCGACAGUGUUAUCCUGGACCUCGAAUCCACGUGGGAGGAAUCGGACAACCGAACGCCGCUAGUGUGCUUCCUGUCUCAGGGUUCGGAUCCGUCCGUUCAGAUCGAGACUUUGGCGAAGGCGAAGGAAAUGGAAAUCCGCUCGAUCUCCAUGGGCCAAGGGCAGGAAGCGCACGCACGCAGGUUGCUGACGGAGGCCAUGACAACCGGGAAGUGGCUCCUGCUGCAGAACUGCCACCUAAGCCUCGACUUCUGCCAGGAAAUGCUCGACACGGUCACCGAGUCGGAGAGCAUCCACAAGACGUUCCGGUUAUGGAUCACCACAGAGUUCCAUCAGUCGUUCCCCAUCGGAUUACUGCAGAUUUCCAUCAAGUUCACCAACGAACCUCCUCAGGGCAUCCGGGCCAGUCUCAAGAGGACGUAUGGAGAUGUCUCACAGGACCUGCUAGACUACUCCAACGCCCACCAGUGGCCGCGACUCCUCUACGCCACCGCCUUCCUCCACACGGUCGUCCAGGAGCGAAGGAAGUACGGCGCCCUCGGCUGGAACAUUCCCUACGAGUUCAACCAGGCGGACUUCCAAGCCUCCGUCCAGUUCAUCCAGAACCACCUGGAUGACAUGGACCCGAAGAAGGGUGUGUCUUGGGUUACCCUAUGUUACAUGCUUGGAGAAAUUCAAUAUGGCGGUCGAGUCACGGAGGACUUCGACAAGAGAUUGUUACUCACCUUCCUCCAUGUCUGGUUUAACGAGCGACUUCUGACUUCUGAAUUUAAGUUCUAUCAGGGUUACGGUCUGCCUUCGUGCAAAUGCCAAGCGGAGUACCUGGAAUUCAUUAACCUGCUUCCGACCACCGAUUCUCCGGAAGUCUUCGGCCUCCAUCCCAACGCUGACAUUACGUACCAGAUCAACACCGCUAAGAGCAUUUUGGACACCAUCCUCAGCAUGCAGCCGAAGGAAGGGGGCCAGAGAGGGGGUGAGACGAGAGAGGCUGUGGUUUCGAAACUUACCAACGAUAUGAUUGCUAAGUUGCCUAGAGACUACAUUCAGCAUGAGAUUCGCGAAGCCUUGCAGCGGAUGGGAGCCAUAUUGCCAAUGAACAUCUUUCUACGCCAAGAACUCGACCGGAUGUUGAAGGUGCUGAAGGUCGUCCGGCAGACGCUGAACGACCUCCUCCUGGCCAUCGAAGGAACCAUCAUCAUGAGUCCGUCCUUGAAGGAGAUGCUCGACGCCAUGCACGACGCGAGGAUCCCUGACAAGUGGCGGAAGGUGUCGUGGGAAUCCAGCACCCUUGGCUUCUGGUUCACGGAGCUUCUGGAAAGAGACCUACAGUUCCGUCGCUGGUACGUCCACGGGCGGCCGAAAGCUUUCUGGAUCACUGGCUUUUUCAACCCGCAAGGCUUCCUGACCGCCAUGAGACAGGAGGUGACGCGCCAACACAAGGGAUGGUCGCUGGACUGCGUCAUUCUGCAGAAUCUCGUAACACGUUUUAACCGCGAGGACAUACACGAGCCACCUCCCGAAGGCGUCUAUGUCUACGGCCUGUUCUUGGAGGGCGCGUCUUGGGACCGAAAACAAGGGAAACUUAUGGAAUCGAGAGCAAAGGUACUCUAUGAACCAAUGCCAGUGAUCUACUUAUACGCCGUGAAUACCACGAGUGGAAAGGAUCCUAAUCUUUAUGAGUGCCCCAUAUACAGGAAACCACAACGCACUGAUGCCACUUACAUAGGAUCAAUAGACUUGGAGACCGUGGACUUCCCUCCUUCGCAUUGGACUCUUAGAGGCGUUGCGUUGCUCUGUGAUAUCAAAUAAAUACCUUUUUUUUUUUAUAAGCAUGUUCGUUGCUUAUUGUAUCCGUCCAUCUGAAUGAAACUAAUAACUGCGAGUUGAAUUGAUAUGUGUGUCAUUCUGAAUUGAUUGUUGUUUUCUAAGAAUAGAAUCGUAAAGAAUGUAUUUAAACGUCUUAACAUCAUGAGUAAUUAAUUUCAUCGUAUACGUAGGAAUUGGACUUACCUAUUUUUAUUCAUAUUCCAUUAGAUAUCAAUGUACUUAUUUAUUUCAAUAGGCUUCUUAUAAUAUGGAAUAAUAUCAGAUUUUCUAUCAAAGUAGAUAUCGGACAUUAUAGAUUGUGUGUCAAUUCUGCUAAAUACUUGAUGAUAAUUUUGUGUCACGCGUUCGAGUGAACUAUCUAUUUGAACAGAUAGAUAGACUAUCCUGUAACAUCACGACUACAUUCGGCUAUGAAGAAAAUUGACUGAAUUCCAGGAAAACUGCAGCCUUCGGAAUGUCAAUUAAAUCAAAUUAAUGUAAGCACUGCCUGUCAGCUCCAGAGUGAAUUAUUUGCUCGUGGUUUGGCAAUAGUAUUGACCGUCUUCCCUCUCCCUGUGAAAAUAUUAGAUCAGUGAUCUCUCUUUUUCUUCUUAAUUUUUUGUAAGAUUAAUUACAAAAAAAAAUAUUAUUGUUUAAAGUCCUUACGUAUUAAGGACACAUAUUCCUGUAUCCAUUUUCCAAUUACAACCCUAUGAUGCUACUACA